AUUUCCGUUCGGUUUCCAUAGCACGCACACAAACACGAAUCUUAUCGCUAUCAGCUGGACUGGAAAUUUUGUGAAUGCGUAGUAAACUUGUGUUUAUUUAUAAAUUUGCAAAGAAAAUAUAUAUUUCAAAAUGGCAACUGGAGUAAAACCUCGUGAUGAAGAGCACCAACUAACUAGAAAUGAUCUAGAAGUUAUUCAAGAUGCAAUGAAAAAUAAGAAGUUUCGAGACCUAUUAGCCGAGUACUGCGAAGAGGUACGUGACCCGGCGAAUCAAGCGUUGUAUCAAGAAGAAAUGACCAAACUCGAGAAAGAGCGUGGCUACGAUGUAACUUUCAUCAAUCCUAAGGGGGGUUAUGUUAUAAAAACAAGCGUAGCAGGUGAUAGAAAAGCGUUCAUCAAUAUCUGCAGUAACGAAAAGGUGAACAAGCCAUCUUGUAAAAUUCAAGAAGUCGACGGUCAGAGAGGUAUGAAUUGGUCGCUUCCUUACUCUAUUAUUCCGCCCCGAGAUGAUUACGACCGUAAAAAAGAACGAUGCGUUAUUUAUGAUGUUGUGUUCCACCCCGACACACUGCGCAUGGCGGAGGUCAAUAAAAGAUUCCGCGAACUUGUAAAUAAGACUGCUAUGGAAGGGUUAUCCAAAACAUACAACAUUCAUUUCGAUAGUAACAACUUUCGGUUUCCCAAGUCACAAUAUAAAGGUAUGAUAGUGCCUGCUGUUAUACGAAAAGAAGAUCCAGACUAUAAACCACCAACAGAUGAAGAUAGUGAAGAAUUUCCUCCCGAUUUAGUUGAGAAAUUAUAUCCACAACAUAUUUAUCCUGAAAAAUCAGAAGAACCACCAGAAGAGAGCCCUUCAAAAAAUCAGAAACUAUCUGCUCCAAAAAAAUCAGAAUCUGAAUUUACACACAAUUCUGACCAAGGCUAUACUAUACCAAAAUAUUUAAUUAAACAGCAGAAGAAUGUAGAUCUUCAGGAUUAUACUUAUGAAAAAGACAGUAAACAGUACAGUGCUAUUCCCAGUCAUAUAGUUGUAGAAAUCAAUCUUCCUCUUCUGUCAUCUACAAAAGACUGCAAUUUAGAUGUGAAUGAAAAAGCUUUGAGUUUGAUCUCAGAGAAACCAGCUAAAUACAAGCUUAAUAUAACACUUCCUUAUUCAGUUAAUGAAGACUGUGGCAAUGCAAAAUUUGACAAAUCUAAGCACAAAUUAAUUGUAACGUUACCAGUAAUAAGAAGCCCCAGUGUUGAAAGUUCUUCCAAAGUAGAUAGUGGUGUUGAAAGUGAAGAAAACUCUGGUUCUCAAAGUGAUGAUGACCACAGAGAAAACUUAGUUGUAGAAAUAUCUUCUACUCAAACUGAAGCUCCCACAGUAAAAACUGCUGUGGAAGACUGUAAACCAGAAGAGGAAAUAUUUUUGGAUUCUACUCUCUGUUACAUAUUCCCACCUUAUACACACAAUGUUAUGGAUGAUAUAAUAGCCUUCACUUUUCAUGUAAAAAAUACAGAACCAGACUCAGUCAUAGUUCUGUCAGAGUCUAAUAAAAUCCAAAUUAAAUUCACUUCUGUUGGGUCUGGAUUUGUGCCUGUACAUUAUGCAGCAAUUAUAGUUUUUGAAGAAAGUGUGAAGUUUGAACAUGCCAGUGGUGAAGCUUGGGAUAACAAUGUCAUCUUACAACUUGAAGUAGCCAGAGAAAUGCCUCAUAAAUUUCAAAUUGGUAUGAAUGAGGAUUCUAUGAUCAGUGAAUAUUUCGAUGUUUCCAAAGUGAGUAAAACAAAUAAAUUACAACAGAAUUCAGAAAAAGAGAAAAUCUGUGAAGAUGAAUCUUUACCAGUGAUUGAAGUUACUAAUUUGGGUAGUGAAACUAAUAUAGUUGUAUCAUCUAAUCAUGAAGAGUUGGAUGAAGAUGACUUAGAUGAUCCAACAACAGAAGAGAAAGACAUAGUUUGGACAGAGUCCAACAAUUGUGUGAAUGGAGCUAAGAGUAUUCUCCGUAAACCCAUGUCUAUACAAAGGAGCUAUUCAGAGUCCAGUACAGUGGAUGUUGCAUCUUCCAUGGACUACAUUAGCUCUGAUUGCAUUCCUGAGGAAUCGAGCUUGAAAAAGACUGUUAGAUUUAAUGAUGUAAUUGCCAGACAGUUUUAUAGAUAUAACUCAUCCAUAGAAGGUCAAAAGAAGAAAAACCAGAGGAAGAAGAGUAAAAAACGCAAUAUAGAAAGACGUAAGAGUGAAAGUGAGGCAGAAGAUGAAGUGUCCAACUCCAUCAAGUUAACAAAACCGAGGAUGAAAUCCGCUCUGAAACCACGCCGCGACAGCGGACUCGCCGACACAUCGGAUGCUGAAGCUGACAACAAAAACACGCCGUGCGAUUCACCUCUCAACGAUUCCGUUUUUCAAUUUGAUAAACAUGAAGACGACAAUUCCAAUGGUGUCAUUGAAGACAACAAAUUUAAGUCGGUAUUAAACAUAGACUAUAGAAAAAAAGAGCCAUCAGAACCCACCAUUUGGGAGUCUACUAGUGAAGUUAAAAAGGAAGAAAAGCCUACGCCAAUAACCUGUGAUAAUAUCAUGCAUAAAACUGAUCUCUAUGACCCUGAUAGAUUGAACAAGGGACAAUAUCAAGAGGUCACGUUCAAAAACGAUCUCAUAUUUGAUUUGGACAUGUGAGAUUUAGCUUUCUUACUGUUAUUAAGUUCCUUGAAUACGAUUAUGUUUAGAAUAAUUAUUAUUGUAUGAGAAUAUAUAGUGUAAUUGGUAUUACUUUUACAUUUCGUACACAUAGAUUAAUAAUUGUGCUGGUUUAUGGCAAUGGUUUACAAUAUAAUGUUGUAUUAUACAACAUUCAUUUUAAUGUCAAUUAGAAAUUUUAAUUACCUAUUUUAAAUUAAAUUUAUUUGAAUAUUAUUUUAUCAAAUUAACUUUGAAAGUAACUAUUUAGAUCAAUUAAGUGUUAUGGUUUACGAUUAAAAAAAUAUGCUCAUUGUAGACAAUAUUUAUAGACAAAAUGCAUUUGAAUGGUACAAAUUAGAAUUACUGUUUAUUGGUCAAGGAUUAGGAUUGCAUUACAAACUAGUAUUUAAAAAAUUUGCACGUAACAUGCACGUAUAAAUAACAAUACCUCAUUUUGGUAUGUAAAUAAACAAUAAUUAUACUAUGUGCACUUACGCAGCUAUAAUGGUAUUUAACUUAUCUAACUUAAGCUAGUAAUCCUCAUUUGGCUAAGCAGUUAGAAUAUUAAUUGUCCACUAAGCAGUAAAAGUUAUUAGAAAUACACAAAGCAGGUUUUUCAACGUAGAAAAUUGAUAUAAAUAAGUACUAAGAUAAGCAGUAUUUUCAUGUGUGCUAUAACUUUUUGUAAAAUUCUAUUUGUACGAAAAAGUAGUUUUCCAUAAUAAAAGUAAAAUUUACAAAUGAACUUAAUAUGAAGAUGCUUAAAUCUGAAGCUUUUUAAUUUUCUCUAUUCACAAAAGAACUGACGGAUUAAAAAUUAAUUAAAUCCACCAGUUAUUAAACCAGUGAAAAGUUUUAAGCCCAUAUAGGAGAUAUUGGUUUAACAAUAAAAUUAAAUAUUAAAUAUAAAUUGGCACUAUAUAAAUUGAUGUCCAUUGGGAUAACCCAACGUCUUGUGCCUUCCUUAUAACAUAGAUACCAGCGAAAUAUAUCAGAAAUGUGUUGAGUUCAUGGAACUGUUGUCAUAAACAAUGCAUUUUAUUUCAUGUAAUGUAGACGUAAUCAUGUUUCACGGGGUGGACGAUUAUUAUGAAAGUUAUGUUUUAUGAAAAUUUAAAAACUACUUCCUAUGUGAAUUUGUGAAUUAGUGUUAUGAUUUAAUAAAAAUGAAAAGUUAA